AUUGAGUCGGAUGCUUGAAAGACGAGUACCCAGUUAGUAAGCCGAGCCUAGAGGCGGGGUAAGUUCGCUAGGACAAAGUCAAGUCCGGUGCCGCAGAAAGAAAGGACCGCAAAUCCUCCUUACCGUACACAGCGCCAAUGUAAUGGAAGAGAGCAGUGGGUUCCAUCCGAUUGCUUGCGAGUCAUGUCGCAACAAGAAAUCCAAGUGCUCCCGCGAGAUUCCAAUUUGUUCGCAGUGCACCGUUACAGGGGUGACAUGUCGAUAUCCACAAAUCAACAAAAGGGGGAUACCUUCGGGGUAUGUCUCACUUAUAGAGCAGCGACUUCAUGAGACUGAGAUUUUCGUACUGGAAGUUCUGUCAGUACUCCAGGAAUUAGGGGCCUCGGUGGAACAGCGACAUCGCCUGUCCAACAAUCAGCGCCAGCUCUUGACAGAUAUCGCACAAAAGCAAUUGAAAUCGGAUAAGAUUGAGGAAUGGAAAAGUUCGCCGUUAGGGACCGAUCAACAGAGGCAGGCUUGGUGGACCGCGAAAAGGGACUGUAUCUCCCGACCAGACACAUCAUCAACACACGAGAUGCUUGAUACGGAUAUUAACGAUGCAUCAGAGUUCUCGCCUGACGUAUUCGAGAGCAUGGGAGACUUCGAAAGUGUUUUCUCGCCGGUUCAGCCUUCCACACAACGCACAUUGCUCGCCGUCGGCUCUCCGGCAGGCUUAUCAGAAGAGGCUGGGAAUCGCGUUCAUAUCACGGUCGCGACAGAUGUAAGACCUCUGGAGGUAGACAAAGUUGCAGCUACUCCACCGCUGCCACCUGCCAGUCCCAUAUCGAUAAGAUCCAGAGCCGAGCCCGCAGACAAAUGGCGGAAAUACUUCUGACGACAUGAGACUCUAUAC